AUGGCAGAAGAAAAUGACCAGGCGCUCGUCGCGCAAUCGAGCGAAGUCGCCGCACCAGCACCCAAAAAAGUCAAGAAGAUCAUUCGCAAGAAACGCCCAGCGCGUCCCCAAGUCGAUAGCUCUUUUAUCACCUCAGAGCCUCCUCCUCAAACUGGUAACAUCUUCAAUAUAUGGUACAACAAGUGGUCUGGCGGCGAUCGCGACGAUAAGGCCUCGAGCCAAACUGCUGCAAAGGGCAGAUGCAUCGUUGCGAAGGACAGCGGAUACACCAAGGCUGACAAGAUCCCCGGAUCCUACUUCUGCCUCUUCUUCGCACGCGGCAUCUGCCCCAAGGGCCAGGACUGCGAAUACCUGCACCGCUUACCCGGGAUCCAUGAUAUGUUCAAUCCGAACAUCGAUUGUUUCGGCCGCGACAAGCACUCGGACUACCGCGACGACAUGGGAGGCGUCGGUAGCUUCAUGCGCCAGAACCGGACUAUAUACGUCGGACGGAUACACGUGACGGAUGACAUCGAGGAGGUGGUCGCGCGACACUUUGCAGAAUGGGGACAGGUAGAGCGCAUCCGGGUUCUUAACACGCGCGGCGUGGCCUUCAUCACAUACUCGAACGAGGCGAAUGCGCAGUUCGCCAAGGAGGCGAUGGCGCACCAGUCGCUCGACCACAGCGAAAUUCUGAAUGUGCGGUGGGCGACGGCGGAUCCAAAUCCGAUGGCACAGGCAAGAGAGGCGCGGCGGGUCGAGGAGCAGGCUGCGGAGGCUAUACGAAGGGCGCUGCCGGAGGCAUUUAUUGCCGAGAUUGAGGGCCGGGAUCCGGAGGCGCGGAAACGGAGGAAAAUUGAGAGUAGCUUCGGUCUGGAUGGGUACGAGGCACCGGAUGAUGUUUACUUCGCCAGGGGAUCACAGGCCGUAAAUCCGGUGGGGAGAGCAGGCUACGAGUUAGAGCACGAGCAACGGCUCAUGAAUCAGAACGGAGAGGUGGACGGAAACGGCGAUAGAGGUGCGCUGCCGGCUAUUGAAGAGAGGAAAGAAGACGGUGGUAUAUUCUCCAGUAGCACGCUGGCUGUGUUGAAGACGGCGAACGUCUCGGCAGCACCGAAGAAGGCGCCAGCCGCAUCUUCAGGGCCCUUAGUGGCAUAUGACAGCGAUGACGAUGACGAGUAG